CUGGCUCUUUAUAAACAAAUACUUGCCUUCAAAAGGUCACUUUGAUCAAUUUCAUCGCCAGACCGACCCGUAGAGAGACGAAAAGGCUCAUCCUUUAAACUGGUGAAGCUGUCGUACAGGACUCUGCUUCGUUCUACAUCCAAUUGAAAUGGCUACCUUCAAGUCGACUUCCAGAAGAGGUGCCCCGGAGGCGGAAGCCAGAGCCCCUCCAUCUACCUCGCGGCGGCGGUCUCACAGCGUAAGCGCUGUUUCGCGGAAAUCCCACUCCCAAUUCGACGACAAAACUCAGAUUCCCUCCGAAUUCUCCAACCGCAGAGAUAACCCACUUUUCUGGGCUACAUCUUCUCCGCCACCGGACAGAGAAGAAAAUGAGAGGAUCAACGGAAGUGCUUUCUGUAGUCAUAGACAAUCUUCUGCUUCGAAUUCAAGAAGUGCAGGAAACGGCAAUGACAGUUGUGAUUCUCUUAGCGGACAGAGGGGUCGUUCUACUACACGUGGUUUAAGUGAAAAGAAAGGGAUUGGCCGGAGCUUAUCGAGGGCUCGAGGGCGGUCUGUGUCUAGAGCCUCUUUUAAAGGAGCUUAUGAGUGUGGAAAUGAUCGGGAUGUGGUACCAUCUUCUAUUGCUCAAAGCAGAAAGGAGAUUAGAAAAAGUGACAAAGUUAUAAGAAGACCAAAUUCUGUUGGAAGUAGAGUAGAUGUGCAGAGCCGUGCAAUGAAUGUAAGAGGGCAAGCAAGUGAGUGUUCUGAAGAUGAUUCUGCUUGUAGUAUGCCGAUAUCAAAUCUGGAGGAUGGAAUAUCAAUUGGUUCCUUAUCAGAAGCUGAAGAGAAAGCUAUUAACGGUGCAUAUAAUGACUUACAUGGUUUUGAACGAAAUAAUACAGCCUCAAAUAUUGUCAGUAUGCCUUCUAAUUUUGUAAACGCUGAAGCUGUUGAGUUGAUCUCAGAAAUCAGAAGGGAAUACGCCAUAAAACUGGAAAAGUCUGAAGAACGCACUAGAAAACUUAGAGCAGAUCUUGCUGUUGAACAACACCGUGGGAAAGAGCUGGAUAGAAUACUCAAGGAGAUACCUCCUGAUCCAAACACACCAUUUGUAUCAAAAUCUCGUCGAGGAAGAAGGGCAAGCAAUGAAAUAAAACAGAUGUCAAAAUGUCUCACGGAAGAUGCCUUGGCAUAUUUUGACGAGUGUGUGUCUCUCUCGACUUUCGAUAGUUCCGACUUCUCUGCAUCAGAAGAUCCACCUUUGAGUGCUGAUCUUCCCCAGAAACAGCUCUAUGGCUACGACGAUUCUUCAAUAAUGACAGACAGCUGCAGCUUUGAUCCACAGAGCACUCAACGUUAUAACUUCUCAUUUACCGAUAGAAAACAUGGGCCUGAAGAGGAGAUGAGGAGCUGCAUUAAGAAUUUCGAGAAAGGCACUAAAAAAGAUGUCGACUUUGAGGCCACAUCAUCGCACUACGAUGCUGGAGAAUAUCACAUGAGAGGCCAGCGCGAAAGUUUAUUAAUUGAUAGGGUGCUGUAUAAAGGCAGAAUAGAAUCAGGAGGCUUGCACUUAUGUAGUGGGGCUAUUGUUUUUCUGCCUUUUGCUCCCGUUAUGUGACGGUAAAUCAUUAGGGACGUGAAGAGAGUGUUUAAUGGAGCUUGUGUUUUGGUUUAGUCCACUCAGUUUCAGAAUUUAAGAAAUUAUUGGUUUUCUUCUCGGCCAUUUUAAGUUGGGAGGCACUUGAAACUUUUAUAUGGAAGGUGAAAAUGAGGAUGUAAGUAUUGUCUUAAUUCGUUUGUGAUGAAGUAAAUUAUACUAGUGCUGCGCGAGUGUGUGAAACUAGAACGUGUAUGUACAAUAAAAAAUAUAUAUU